UGAAUGGGAUUGCUUCGCUCCGCUCCACCGACUACCAUCCACCAGACAGCAUGGCAGUAGAGACAGCGACCACAACGACAGCAUCGCCUCAAGGCCCAAUGGGCAGCGGCGCUGGCAAUGAGCAGCAGUCGGGCUCCAAGUUCAAGCGCUUCCUUCGUAAGUUUGGUCGAAAGCCAAGCGAUGAUGCCGAGGGGCAAGUUGGCGGCGAUGCCAAUGAGCAUCAGCGUCACCACCACGAGGGCAACGGCUCAGCUGCUCCAACUUCUGCUAGCAAUGUCACUGGCACUGGCACCAACGGCAGCUUAGCAGCGCCUGGCUCGGAUGCCAAGAGCCGCAGAGCGAGCAAGCAACGAGGCAACAGCUUGCUCGGCAAGGCAAGCUUGCGAUCAAAGACGCCUCAAGGUAGCAACGCGGGAGGCAAUGGUAUCGCUACUAAGCCACAAGCUCCAUCCACUCCACGAGGCCCAGCCCCAAAUACCACCGCUACCGGCGCGCCGACGCCCAACUUUGCCGGCUCGAGCGGACAGGGCCUCGCUGAUACCCUCGUAGUUGCUGAGCCGCCUCCUCAGCUCUCUACGCCUGAGCGCCUCGCACCCAUCAAUCCCAUCGACGUAGCUGCUGCUGCCCCUGUCGCCGCUGUUCCGAGCAAUGGCGGCGCUAUUCCUUCGUCGACAACGACGGCCACACCACCUCGCCCUGUAGUCAUGAGCGAGUCGUCUGGCAGCCCAGCUCGCUCGCGAGACGACAACUCCUUUGAUAUCGACUCGACUGAGGGAUUCCGCAAGCGUGAUUCUGUGGACAAUAGGACGAUGGACACAGGCAAAAGCACCAAGCCUACGACGCUCAUGUCUCUGGACCGCGAGCCCUCCUCUCAAAUGGCACAUAUCGCCCAAUAUAGGCAUGGAGAAUACCCCUCUUCCUCAUCGGCAGCAGCAGCUGCUUCCUCCUCUUCCUCUGCCCCUCUCCCUUCCGGGAACCUCAGCAACAACCCCACCCGCUCCCCUUCCUCGGUCCAAUUCGUCCCGGCGUCGUCCGGCCCAGCAACCAAUACCAUUCCGGCUAGUCCCUCAACAACAUAUGACAGCGCAGUUCACCCCUCCUCCACGGGCAAUGGAGGCCACUCAGUCUACAUGAAUGCUCCUACCCUUUCGCGCCCUCAUCCUGCCAACAACCCGCAUCCUACAGCUUACCCACCGGAUAAUGCCAGUGUUCUCACCCUCGCCAGCUCAACGGCAGCGCAGAGCAUUGCGGGUGGAGCCACUUCCUCUUCCUCUCGAGGGCAUGGAGGCGCGGGACAGCAUGGUCAAACCCCCUCGCUGAGCGGGGGUGGCAGGGCCAGGUCUCUUGUGGGAAGCUUGAUGGGGGAGAGAAGGAAUAGCUCUGAUACCUAUGCGAGCGUCAAGGCUUUGCCGCCUCUCAGUCGUAGGGGGUCGGAUGACAGUACGAGGACGAGCGGGAGGGAAUCUGUGGGUGCCGCCUCCAGCUUGGCGGGCGGUGGAUUCCCUGCAAGUGGGUCGUCGACGAACGUGGCUACGGCUGGGAUGGGAAGUGGAGCGGCGGGCGUCGUAGGAGCACCGGGCGCUCCACACGACAGAUUGAGCAUCGUGAGGACCCCCUCGCAGAGGACUGUCGCGACACAGCUGUCCAUUCCGCUCUCGGGAUCGUCCCAGAUCCUCAGCGGCGGCGGCAGUGCUCCGGGAGGGGCGGAUCGUCGUGCCUCGUCGGGGUCUGCGCACCUACUCCAGCAGCAAACCACAGCCGCCUCCUCAGCCGCGACCACUUCGGCCGCAUCCGCCUCUACCGCAGGCGCCGGAGCGACGCCUACGAGCAGUAUCGCCCCGCACGCAGGCAAUGAAAGUGUGGAGAUCGACGCGGAUGACGACUUGCACAUCCCCGGUGGGGACCUGAGCAUGGCGAGUGCCGAUGUGACCACUGGUGGGCUCAGCGUACCGGAGAUCACGCAAACUAGGCCGAGCCCGUCGCCUACGGAUGAAGGAGCUGAGAGACAGUUGGGGAUGGGAGGGAUUCCGGCGGGAGCUCAGGUAGUUGGAGAGAAGACGCCAGCUGUAAGCGCUGGGUCUGCUUUGUGACGUUGGAGCGAUGCGAUACGACAGC